AGUUUUCUCAACUUUUCAAAAGUCGAUGAGUUCGGGUGAUUUUCAUAAACUGACUGGAUUUUUCAAUCCUGAAGCUCAUGGACUCAGAAGUGACUUUCGUUUAACCAAAUUCUCAUUUCUGAGAGGAUGAGGUUGUAAAGUGCCUCAAGCGGAAUUGAAAAAAAUGCUUGAGGCACUGAAUCAGCCUGAGUCGUGUUCCACUACAGGACAGAAACCGCUACUGGCAUUAGAACUGGAUUGUUGUGUGAUUCCCCUUCGAAAUAACUUGAAACUGAUUCAAACAACUGACUUCUUUUAUCCUUUGAUUGAUGAUCCUUACACAAUGGGCAGAAUUACAUGCUGUAAUGUUCUAAGCGAUUUGUAUGCUAUGGGUGUUGUUGAUUGUGACAAUUUACUCCUGCUACUUGGUGUUCCACGUGAAAUGACGAAAGAAGAACGCGAAGUAUCCAAUUGUCUAUUAAUGAAAGGAUUCAAGGAUUGUGCACUAGAAGCUGGGACAUAUGUUCGUGGUGGACAGACAGUUUUAAGUCCUUGGUUGAUGAUCGGUGGUGUAGCAACUUCAGUUUGUAAUGAUCAGGAGUAUAUCAUGCCUAAUCAAGCUGUAGUUGGUGAUGUUUUAGUACUCACUAAACCUUUGGGUACUCAAGUCGCCGUCUCAGUGUACUACUGGAUGUUGGAAGAAACUCCGUCGUGGUGUGAAAAUCUAUGCAAUGUUAUCAGUGCGGAUAAAGUAAAGAGUCUGUUUCAUGCUGCCACCAUGUCUAUGUGUCAUUUGAAUCGUACAGGUUGGCUUUGUUUUGUCUUGUUUUAUAAUGUAGAAAAACUGUUUUAAUAGUCAUUCAUAAUUUAUAUGAUUGAAUACCUCGUUUUAGCUCGAAACACAUUUGUUAUGCUAAUUAAAUGAAAGCACUAAUCAUAAGAAUAUUCAAGUGUUGGUUUGUUUCUGAUUGGUUACGGGAGUUCAUUAUGAGCCGACGUCAACUAGAGAAGCAUUGGAAAACCUGAGCCAAUGACCUUGGCCAGUGGUUGCGCUGUAUCGUGAAUUCGCAGAAGUUCGGAUUGAUUCGCCGGUUGAGUUGGGUGCCAGUGGUUGAAUGGUCUACGAGCUCGCCUUGUAACC